GUGGCUGUAACAUUUUCUGUUCCCACAGAGCAAUGUAUGAAGGUUUGAGUUUCCUCCCAUCCUCAUCAACGGUUAUUGAUUCCAGCCAUUCUAGCAGUAGACAAAACUGCCACUACAAUGUUGAAUAAAAGUGGACAACCUUGCCUUGUUUAGUGGCAGAAGGAAUACUAAAGGAAGAGAUACUAAAGGAAGUCCCUCAAGCUGAAAAAGAAUGACAUCAGACAUUAACUUGAAUUGACAGGAAGAAAUGGAAUGCUAAAUAUAAUUCUUUUUGCCCAUUAUUAAUUGAAGCAUUUCAUUAAUUGGAUUGGUCACGUUUUGCUGAGUCAGAGCACAGUUGGACUUUGGGAGAAGCAUGUGUGCUGGCUGCAUUUCCAGGGAUGCUACCAGGGCUCAAGGCUCUCGGCCAGUCCUGCCCAGAAGUGCCACUCUCAGAGGCAGGACUUGAUGAAAUGUUUCAAGCUGAUGGAGUGGGUUUGCUAGAAUUGGCCUUAGAAUUAUAACCCUUCAUGUGGCCUUUGUUAAUAUGCGUUUGAGACAGAGACUUAUAUGUAGAAGUUGAAAAUGCCUGGAAGAUUUCUGGUUUCUGUCACUCCUUUUCCUGCCUUUUUGCAUCUCUGCCUGAUUUGGAUGAUGUGAUGUUCAGAGGGACGCCUUAAUCCAAGUCGUUCUCCAGCGAGACACACCUGGCCAAAGAUUGUAUCCUUAAUUCAAGAUGGCCAGUCAACCGCCAGAAGACGCCGCAGAGUCUCAGGUGUCCGACGAGCUCGAGUGUAAGAUCUGUUAUAAUCGCUACAACCUGAAGCAGAGGAAGCCCAAAGUGCUGGAGUGUUGUCACAGGGUGUGUGCCAAAUGCCUCUACAAGAUCAUAGACUUCGGGGACUCCCCACAAGGCGUCAUCGUCUGUCCUUUCUGCAGGUUUGAGACAUGCCUGCCGGAUGACGAAGUUAGUAGCCUGCCCGACGACAACAACAUCCUCGUGAACUUGACUUGUGGAGGCAAAGGCAAGAAGUGCCUGCCAGAAAACCCCACCGAGCUGCUGCUGACCCCCAAGAGGCUGGCCUCGCUCGUCAGUCCUUCUCACACCUCCUCCAACUGCCUGGUUAUCACCAUCAUGGAGGUCCAGAGAGAGAGCUCCCCGUCUCUGAGCUCCACUCCUGUGGUAGAGUUUUAUAGGCCUGCGAGUUUCGACUCUGUCACCACUGUGUCCCACAACUGGACUGUGUGGAACUGUACAUCCCUGCUCUUUCAGACAUCCAUCCGGGUCUUAGUCUGGUUGCUAGGUUUGCUGUACUUCAGCUCCUUACCCCUAGGGAUCUACUUACUGGUAUCUAAGAAAGUCACCCUUGGGGUCGUCUUUGUCAGCCUCGUCCCUUCGAGCCUUGUUAUUCUUAUGGUGUAUGGUUUUUGCCAGUGUGUUUGUCAUGAAUUUCUAGACUGUAUGACACCUUCUUAAUCGAUAUGCAAACUAAGAAAUUUGAUGUACAUUGCCAUGUUUGAAGUUAGGUAAUUUAUCAUUUAUUUUCUUUUGUAUUGUCUACGAUUAGGGUCCAUGACAUUAACAAAGCCAUCAGCCAUAUGUCUGUGGUCUGUUUUCCAUCAAAAUGUUGACUCAGUUGGUUUUCCUAUAUGCUGGAAGUAAAAAUAUUCAUUUCUACUUAGGGGUUAGCAAAGAAACAAAAAUGUAUGAGCUAAGCCUUCAUGGAGUUCUUCUCGUGAGUCUUCCCAGAGAAAGAGCAGGAUUUCACUCAGCCCACCUGGACGGAGACCAGAAGUGAGGUGUGUUAGGCUGCAGUAGAGGUCUUUGUGGAAGGUUAGGAAUGAACUGAUUGCUCUUAUCAUCAUCGACAGUCUAGGAUGGAGGGUGGAUAUGAGAGGAGAGCUGUUCCAAGACACAUCCGUUUGAAAAGUGUGCACCCCUCGUUGUUGGAGCGCCCCUGAAUCCUCUUCAGGUGCUCUCGCUCUUAAGUUAGUGUCGCUGUC